GACAAGCAGAACGAUAGAGACAGUGAAGGCUACAAGUCUGGGAAGAGGCUACAAAGACAUAGAAAGACGCGAAAAAUAAGGGAUACAGAUCAAGUACAGCGGCUGGUGCUUAGAUAGACAACCAACGAUAGACUGUCCCGAGUGAUGUUCCGUCCUACGAGCUGACAUUAUCUCGGUGACACCCAAACUUCAGAGAGGGAGCUGAUGCAUCAACACACUGGACCCUUGUGAUGUUGUCAAGUUCUUAAUUAAUUACCUUCCCUCUGCAGCAUGCCCUCAUCUCCCUCGCCUUCUUCCCCCAACUCCUCUCUUACCCCCACAGCACCAUCUAUGAACUCCUGUCAGCUGGAUGAGUCCUACAAGUACAUUUACCUUCCAACCUGCUACAUCUUCACCUUCCUGCUCAGCUUGGCUCUGAACUCUAUUGUCCUCACACGUUGCCUAAGGCGUCCUUGGAAUCCAUCUCUAGUCUACAUGUUCAACUUGGCUCUCAGUGACCUCAUGUAUAGCUUGUCCUUGCCUUUUCUCAUUGCCAGUUACAUCUCUCGUGACCGCUGGAUCUUUGGGGACUCAAUGUGCCGUUUGGUUCGUUUCCUUUUCUACUUCAAUCUGUAUUGCAGUAUCUUCUUCCUUACAUGCAUCUCUUUCCACCGCUACCAGGGCAUCUGCCACCCCAUGCGCUCAAUGCGGCAAGAGACUAUGCGGUGGGUGAGAGCUACAUGUGUUCUCGUUUGGGCUGUGGUCUUUGCUAUGACUUCACCCAUUCUACUAUUUGCCAGGACAGGACCUUUAGAUGGAAUGGAAGAUGUUCUAACAUGUUGGGAUGAUGCCUUGGAUUCAGACCUUCCACGUUAUUUGCCAUAUGGGAUUAUCCUCCAUACUGUUGGCUUUUUUCUGCCCUUCUCACUCACUGCCUGGUGCUACUCUAGAGUAGUGCGCACUUUGUGCAGAACCCUAAGGCCUGGUGUGGUUCCUGGACCAGUCCCAGGGUUAGCGCAGAGACGUAAGUCAAUAAAAACUAUUGUUACCAUCACACUUCUCUUUGCUCUGUGUUUCCUGCCAUUCCAUGUGACCCGCACCAUUUUCAUGUCCCUCAGGGCUGGGAGACCUGUUUUGAGUGGAUGCCGGACUCUAGAAGUGGUGGCUGUCUGCUACAAAGUCACCCGACCUCUGGCUAGUGCUAAUGCUUGGCUCAAUGCUUUGUUGUACUUUGUAACCAAAGAGCAAUGUGGAAAAGGGCCAAGGGGAAAAAAGGGUGGAGAGCAAGUGGGAAAAAAUGUAAUCAAGAGGAAGCCAGUCAAGGUAGAGGAUAUCUGGGCAAACAUGUAUCCCUAACUAUGCCGAAACAAUGAAAGUCAAACAUACAGUCCUACGAAAAUAUUGUAUUUUCAGUUCUCCUUAGAUAAGGAAGAAAUAUGGGGAUCUGGGCAAUUUAUUACCUCAAUGGACAUAUUUUUGUGUACAGACUGUGUUUAUUGCCUGACAAUGAAUAAUAUGUAUGUAUGAGUUCAUGUGCAUUAUAAGGAGGCCCAAUUUGGUCUGUGAUAAAUGCAAGCAUUUCAGAAAUAUGCAAAGCUCAUACUGAAUGUUUCUUUGAACUACACAAUGCAAAAUGUAUGAUUACCACUGGAAUUAACCUAUGGACGCACAAGGUUCCUUCAGACUUUAACAUCUCUAUCUGCCUCUCUGUCAAUGAGUGUCUACUUCAUCAACAACAUUCUCUGCUACAGUGUCUCACUACCUAAUACCUUCAGAUAUGUCUCCCACAGUUCCACUCCAUGUGAUAUUUAUCAUGAAAUGUUUUAUAAUAUGUACGUACAAUAUGCACUUCUUCAGAGAUUCUGCAUAUGAGCUCUUCCUAUUUUAUGUCCUUUUCAUUACAUCAAUAAAUGCAUAGGCUGAAAAAAUUGUAAAUAAUGCUUGUGCUGGCAAGUUGUGGUGACAUGAGAACCAACUUGCAAAAAUUGAAGAUGAAAAUGCAGCGGUGUAAAAUAAAUUCUGAAUUCAUCAUCAGAGUUUGAGGCUUAUUUUUUUUCUCCAAACAUCAACAAGAGCCAUAGCUAUUAUGAUCUAAAUCUUUUCAAGUUACCAAAACUUGCUGUUUAAUGAAUAUGCCGCUUUCAGGUGUCCAGAGGGAAUUUGUUUAGGUGGGUAAUAAGCAUUGUUUAAAUACAUCUACUCACUGUGUUCCUCACUAUGAUGGUAUACAUUUGGUUGAUAUUAUCUAUUUUGUAGGGUU